UCUUUUGGAUUUGUUAUAUCCCCUUUUGAUUUUCUUACGUUUGCGCCGCACAACUUGCACACAGAGUCUCUCUCUCUCUCUCUCUCUCUAAUCUCUCUCUGUUUCUUACAGCCAUGGACGAGCGUACAACAAACCCAACCCACACCACCAUGUCAGACACAAUCUUCGAGUGCGUCAUCCCUUACAUAACCGAUCCAAAGGACCGCGACUCCGUCUCUCUCGUCUGCUCUCGAUGGUACCAUCUCGACGCGCUCACAAGAAAGCACAUCACAAUCGCCUUCUGCUACACAUGCACGCCCAAGCAGCUACUCCACAGAUUCAGCCACAUAGAGUCUGUGAAGCUCAAGGGGAAGCCACGUGCGGCUAUGUUCAACUUGAUUCCUGAGGACUGGGGAGGCUAUGUUAGCUCCUGGGUGCUUGAGUUCUCCAGGAGCUUUGUUUGUCUCAAGUCUUUUCACUUUAGGCGCAUGAUUGUUAAGGAUGAGGAUCUGGUCUUGCUUGCGAAGGCGCGUGGCAGGACGCUCCAGGUCCUGAGACUUGAUAAGUGCUCUGGCUUUUCUACGGAUGGAUUGUUGCAUAUCACUCGUUCUUGCAGAAACAUACGAACUUUAUAUAUGGAAGAGAGCACAAUUGUAGAAAACAGUGGAGAAUGGCUGCACGAGCUUGCAUUGCACAACACAGUUCUUGAAACUCUUAAUUUUUAUAUGACUGAGCUCUCUGAAGUCAGCUACCACGACCUUGAACUCAUAGCCAAGAACUGUAAAUCUUUAGUCUCUGUCAAAAUUAGUGAUUGUGAAGUUUUGGACCUUGUUGGCUUCUUCGGGGCAGUAUCUGCACUGGAAGAAUUUGGUGGAGGUUCCUUUAAUGACCAGCCAGACAAGUAUAAAAGUGUACCCGUUCCCCCAAAAUUAUGUAUCUUGGGCCUAACAUACUUGGGGAAGCAUGAAUUACCCCAUGUAUUUCCUUUUGCAUCCCGAAUAAAGAAAAUAGAUCUUCUCUAUGCUCUGCUCGACACAGAGGACCAUUGCCUAUUGAUUCAAAGGUGUCCCAACUUGGAAGUUCUCGAGACCAGAAACGUUAUUGGUGAUAGAGGAUUGGGAGUUCUUGCAAAUUCUUGCAAGAAACUAAGGAGGCUUAGGAUUGAGCGAGGUGCAGAUGAACAAGAAAUGGAAGACGUGGAAGGCGUUGUGACACAGAGAGGAUUAAUAUCUUUGGCAGAAGGAUGUCUCGAGUUGGAGUACCUGGCUGUAUAUGUUACUGAUAUUACAAAUGAAUCUUUAGAGUGCAUGGGCAGACAUUUGAAAAAACUUUGUGAUUUUCGAUUGGUCUUGCUUGAUCAACAAGAAAACGUAGCCGAUUUACCACUUGACUUCGGAGUUCAAGCUCUAUUAAGAGGUUGCCAUGAGCUUAGAAGGUUUGCUUUAUAUCUUCGGCUUGGGGGAUUGACAGAUGCCGGUCUUGGUUUUAUAGGCCAAUACAGCCAAAAUGUGAGAUGGAUGCUUCUAGGUUAUGUAGGACAGUCUGAUGCUGGGCUUCUGGCAUUAUCUAGAGGGUGCCCUAAGUUGCAAAAGCUAGAAAUGAGGGGCUGUUCCUUCAGCGAAAGUGCAAUUGCCAGUGCUGCAUUGCAGCUAGCUUCGUUAAGGUACUUAUGGGUGCAAGGAUAUAGAAGAUCCCAAACAAGUAAUGCUCUCUUAGCCAUGGCUCGCCCUUUCUGGAAUAUUGAAUUGAUACCUACCAGACGCGACGUUCAUGCUGGUGCCCUUGGAGAGCCUGUCGAAACUGAACAACCGGCACAUAUACUUGCUUAUUAUUCCUUAGCUGGACAAAGAACAGAUUUUCCAGAUUCAGUCAUCCCUUUAAGUCCAGUUUCUUCAAAUGCCUAAUAGCUCUGCGUAUAUCCUUUCCACGAGUUAGCCUGCCUUUCACCGCUGGGCUUGUAUCCUGUUUAUAGGUUUGUGUAUUUUCUGUUUGAUGAGAGAUUUUUUCCCCCUGUUUUCCCUCUUUAGUGUAAUGGUUCGAUCUCAGAUUGAUUUCGACAUGUAAGUUUGAUUGAAUUGAUUAUUUUAAAAAGCGUUGUACAGUACUGCAUGUGUUCGUCGGAUGCAGAUUUUUAUCAGUUCUGUAAAUGUUUUCUUUUACCCUAA